GCGAGCGGGCGGUGCAGCCGGCGUGUCUGGGCCGCCUCGCAGGGAGGGAGGGGGCGGCCGGCCGCCCGGCGGCGACCCCGGGCUCCGGCCGCCACCAUGGGCUUCGAGCUGGAUCGUUUCGACGGCGAUGUGGACCCAGACCUGAAGUGCGCCCUUUGCCACAAAGUCCUGGAGGACCCACUGACCACGCCGUGCGGUCACGUCUUCUGUGCCGGCUGCGUGCUGCCUUGGGUGGUGCAAGAGGGCAGCUGCCCGGCCCGCUGCCGCGGUCGCUUGUCGGCCAAGGAGCUCAACCACGUCCUGCCACUCAAGCGCCUCAUCCUCAAGCUGGACAUCAAGUGUGCGCACGCGGCGCGUGGUUGCAACCGGGUGGUCAAACUGCAACAGCUGCCCGAGCACGCCGAGCGCUGCGACUUCGCGCCCGCGCGCUGCCGCCACGCAGGCUGCGGCCAGGUGCUGUUGCGGCGCGACGUGGAAGCGCACAUGCGUGACACGUGCGACGCGCGGCCGGUGGGUCGCUGCCAGGAGGGCUGCGGGCUGCCUCUGACGCACGGCGAGCAGCGCACUGGCGGCCACUGCUGCGCCCGGGCUCUGCGGGCGCACAACGGCGCGCUACAGGCCCGCCUGGGCGCGCUGCACAAGGCGCUCAAGAAGGAGGCGCUGCGCGCGGGUAAACGCGAGAAGUCGCUCGUGGCUCAGCUGGCCGCGGCGCAGCUAGAGCUGCAGAUGACCGCGCUGCGCUACCAGAAGAAGUUCACUGAGUACAGCGCGCGCCUCGACUCGCUCAGCCGAAGCGUAGCCGCACCGCCCGGCGGCAAGGGUGAAGAAACCAAAAACCUGACUCUAGUCCUGCGUCGGGACUCCGGCUCCCUGGGAUUCAAUAUUAUUGGAGGGCGGCCGUGCAUGGACAACCAAGAUGGAUCAUCCACUGAAGGAAUCUUUGUAUCCAAAAUAGUCGACAGUGGGCCUGCAGCCAAAGAAGGAGGCCUGCAAAUCCACGACAGGAUUAUUGAGGUCAACGGCAAAGACUUAUCCAGAGCAACUCAUGACCAGGCUGUGGAAGCUUUCAAGACAGCCAAAGAGCCGAUCGUGGUACAGGUGCUAAGGAGGACCCCGCGAACCAAGAUGUUCACGCCUCCAACGGAGUCACAGCUGGUGGACGCGGGGACCCAGACUGACAUCACCUUUGAACACAUCAUGGCCCUCAGCAAGAUGUCGUCCCCCACCCCGCCGGCGCUGGAUCCAUACCUCUUGCCAGAAGAGCAUCCCUCAGCCCAUGAAUACUACGACCCAAAUGACUACAUUGGAGACCUCCAUCAGGAGAUGGACAGGGAGGAGCUAGAGCUGGAGGAAGUAGACCUCUACAGAAUGAACAGCCAGGACAAGCUGGGCCUGACAGUGUGCUACCGGACGGACGAUGAAGAUGACAUUGGCAUUUAUAUAAGUGAGAUUGACCCUAACAGCAUUGCUGCCAAAGAUGGGCGCAUUCGAGAGGGAGACCGCAUUAUCCAGAUAAAUGGGAUAGAGGUACAAAAUCGAGAGGAGGCCCUGGCUCUUCUAACAAGUGAAGAAAACAAGAACUUUUCCUUGCUUAUUGCACGGCCUGAACUCCAGCUGGAUGAAGGCUGGAUGGAUGAUGACAGAAAUGACUUUCUGGAUGACUUGCACAUGGACAUGCUUGAGGAGCAGCACCACCAGGCCAUGCAGUUCACGGCAAGCAUGCUGCAGCAGAAGAAGCAUGAGGAAGAUGGUGGCACCACAGACACAGCCACCAUCCUGUCCAACCAGCACGAGAAGGACAGCGGGGUGGGCCGCACUGACGAAAGCACCCGCAACGACGAGAGCUCGGAGCAGGAGAACAACGGUGACGAGCCCACAGCAUCCUCCAACCCGCUGGCAGGGCAGAGGAAGCUGACGUGCAGCCAGGACACCCUGGGCAGCGGCGACCUGCCCUUCAGCAACGAGUCCUUCAUCUCUGCUGACUGCACCGACGCAGACUACCUGGGCAUCCCCAUGGAUGAGUGCGAGCGCUUCCGGGAGCUCCUGGAGCUCAAGUGCCAGGUGAAGAGUGCCAGUCCUUACAGCCUGUACUACCCCAGCAGCGCCCUGGAUGUGAGCAAGAGUGACCCCAACAGCGUGGAUAAGGAGCUGGAGCUGCUCAACGAGGAGCUGCGCAACAUUGAGCUGGAGUGCUUGAGCAUCGUGCGGGCCCACAAGAUGCAGCAGCUCAAGGAGCAGUACCGGGAGUCCUGGAUGCUGCACAACAGCGGCUUCCGGAACUACAAUACCAGCAUCGACGUCCGCAGGCACGAGCUCUCGGACAUCACUGAGUUGCCUGAGAAAUCUGACAAGGAUAGCUCCAGUGCCUACAAUACAGGGGAGAGCUGCCGGAGCACCCCCCUCACCUUGGAAAUCUCUCCUGACAACUCCUUGAGGAGGGUCACUGAGGGCGUGAGCUCUCAGGGCAGCGAGGGGGCCUUGGGCCCCCCAGAAGCUUACGGUGCAUCCUCAAGGCAUCUGCUUUCCAUCACGGAGGAUCCUGAAGUGGCCACCCCCACCUAUAGCCCUUCUCUGAAAGAGCUUGACCUCGGCCCCUCCCUCGAGGGCAAGGAGAAGAAACCCAGCGAUGGGAGCGGGAGUCCUACCCCAAGUCAGAAGCUGGGCAGCUCCUACCUCUCCCCCUACCCCCACUCUCCCUACAAGCAUGCCCACAUCCCGGCCCAUGCCCAGCACUACCAGAGCUACAUGCAGCUGAUCCAGCAGAAGUCGGCGGUGGAGUACGCACAGAGCCAGAUGAGCCUGGUGAGCAUGUGCAAGGACCUGACCGCGGCCAACCAGGCAGAGCCGAGAAUGGAGUGGAAGGUGAAGAUCCGGAGCGACGGCACGCGCUACAUCACCAAGCGGCCCGUGAGGGACCGGCUGCUGCGGGAGCGCGCCCUCAAGAUCCGGGAGGAGCGGAGCGGCAUGACCACGGACGACGACGCCAUCAGUGAGAUGAAGAUGGGGCGGUACUGGAGCAAGGAAGAGCGCAAGCAGCACCUGGUGCGGGCCAAGGAGCAGCGGCGGAGGCGCGAGUUCAUGAUGCAGAGCAGGCUGGAUUGCCUGAAAGAGCAGCAAGGGGCCGAUGACAGGCGGGAGGUGAACAUCAUCGAACUCAGCCACAAAAAGAUGAUGAAGAGGAGGAAUAAAAAGAUCUUUGAUAAUUGGAUGACCAUCCAAGAACUCCUAACCCACGGCACCAAAUCGCCAGAUGGCACUAGAGUAUACAAUUCCUUCUUAUCAGUGACGACUGUGUGAUUUUUCACUUUGGCAUUUUGUACAUAAAAAGAACACUACCAUUGGGGUAGAAAUUCCUGCCUCGUUCAAUGCGGCAAGUUUUUGUAUAUAAGAUAUAUACGGUCCUCCUGUUUAUAGUCAAUGUUUGCAAACUCUGCAACUCUGGGUGUCACAGCUCUAUUUCAACUGGAGAAAAACCACCCUUACUAUCUAUCUUGGAAGGCAAUAUUAACAGAUAGCUUUUUUUUUUUUCCAAAUAGCAAUUGUACUUUUUACUGUUAUCUUUUACAUAAAUUUCAAAAGAAAAAAAUCUUUUACCAAGCAUACUUUCACAAGUUGUUUAAACUAUAUUCAUAUGAAAAAGUUAAAGAUGCUUUUUUUCUGUCUAAAACACAAAUACAACUGCCAAUAUGUAUUUUUAAUGGAAUCCUAUUUUAUACUGUUGCUUUACUGAGUGUAUUUCAUACGCAUGACUGUUGGUAUAUUAUUUAGGUCAGGGUUUCAAAUCAAAACCACCAAACUCUGGUUAAUGAUUUAAUACACAUAACCAGACUAGCAGUGUUUAGAAUUGGGAUAUAUAUUAAAGCAUUUUUCUGGUUAAGGCUCCCAAGAGAGUGUAAAGGUUCUACAGAAAGCAGAAUAUCGUACAGCUUUACAGAAGGUUAAAGCAUGUUUGCAAAAUAUUGCAGCCCAGCCUGUUGGAAGAAUUUGCAUGUACAGGAAAGUUGUCGAUGGAGACGGUGUGUGGAAUUUUAAGUGCGAAUUGUAGUAAACCCUUUGCUUUGUAGACUUGAAGGUACGGACUUUUACAAGUGAGCUCACAGAAUCAUGAUUAGUUAAGAACAUUAAGUAAGAUGAAGUUAAAAUAAAUUAUUUUCUAUUUGAUAUGUUUUGAAGUGAUUCCUCAUUUUGCAGUGGUGCCUAUAAAAAUAAAAGCCUUUUGCAAUGUU